AUGGCAGUCGUGCAGGGAAUAACGUGUGCGGAGGAUUUCGCAUUAGAGAAUUACGGAGAAGUCAUCAUCGCUGCUGCAAAUAAUGGAUAUGGUCCUCUCGUCACAAGGUUUUUAGAAGAAGAACAUAACGCAAACCCCCCAGGAGCCUCCCAUAAAUUGAAGGUUCCAAGCUUAGCACACGCAUUUUCAAAGGCAUUAGAGAUCGCAAUCCACUGCCGCUAUGAAACAGUGAUCAAAUCGCUCAUGGAAUUCAAGCCCGACAAUGACUUCUACUGCCAGCUCGUGUACACUGCUAGACCCUUGGAUCUAGCAGUAGGCUGGCGCUGCCAUGACCCAGCAAUUGUCAAGCUCUUACUUGAACUUGGUGUGAGACCGACUGAUAAUAGUCACUUAUUGACAUCCUCUCCUCUCACCCAGGCUGUCACGGCUGUUGCCCCCUCAAGCCAAAACCUCAAGAUCUUACGGCUAUUGAUCAAUGCAGGUGCCGAGCUUAACCCUGUGAACGCAGUAGCUCGCUUUAAUCCACUCUUAGAGGCUGUGCGCUGUCGAAACAUCCCGGCAGCUGCGCUCCUCGAGGAGUAUGGAGCCGACCCGUUGGAAUUGGAAAUAGAACAGAUCCUGGAAGUAUUUUCCGAGCCGACACAGCAAUCCUGCGAGCAAGAAAAAUGGAUAUUGGGAUGGAUCGAUGUUGACAAGACGAUUGUAUCCAAUUGGCAAAACCGUUGGGCCCUUUUCCAUGGGGCUAUAGCAAGAGGCAGCAUAGCCCUCAUGGAGAAGAUGAUCAAGCGAUAUGGUAUUCUCGGUGACUACUCGAGAAUGCCUAAUGAGUCUUUACACAACUGGGUUGAGAAUUAUCUUCCCCAUCCUCUAGAUGUUGCUGCCAAAUAUCACCAAGUCGAGGCGGCAAAGGUACUACUUCGGUACGGAGCCUACCCUGACGGCAACAUUGGCCGUUCCGGCCUUCCCGAGGGCACUCCUCUCUUCGAGGCCAUAAGCGCAGGCUGUCACGAUAUUGUAAAACUUUUACUCGAGCACAAUGCAAGCACAAAUGUCGUGGAUCAAUUCUAUGGGUCUCCUUUACGCGCCGCUAUACUUGAGGGACGACCCGAGAGCGCCCGAUUUCUUCUCGACCAUGGCUUGCAAGCCUUGUUUUCUUUGAAUGACCCACCUGCACAAAUCCUCUUUGGAGCAAUUUCAGCAGGGCCAAAGACGUUCAAUCUACUGACUGAACUUGGACUUCAACUCCAGCCGGAACGCAAAGAUCAUCAAAGUGCAUUUAUUAAGGCUGCUAAGCCUUCUUGGCCAAGCAGUAUCGAGCCAGCAUGCUUUGACGUUUUUGUCAAAGCCGGCUUUGACGUCAAUAUCCGUUAUGCUGGCGCUCCACAGGCUGGAUGCCCUCUCCUGGUGCAAGCAGUUCUUCAAGUCGCACACAACUAUAUUGAUUACCGGGGUAAGCCUUCUAAUACGUUAUUGAGGCGGCGAAUAAAAGAACUUGUUAACUUGCUCAUUCGAGCGGGUGCAAAUAUCGAGGAUCGAGAUUUGGAGACUGACAGGACGCCUUUGCUUUGGAUAGCGUGUGAGCCGAGACUACCUCGACGUGAGUGGGCGAUUGAGCUCUUGUUAGAGAAAGGUGCUAAUGCACUCUUUGUGAAUAAGCACGGUUUAUCGCCUCUCAGAGAAGUCGUGCGUGGGAAUGAUUCCCAUUCUGCAAGGGCGAUACUGAAAAGUUUUGAUCAGAAGAUCUGCUUAGGAUAUGAAACCAUCAAGUCCCGUAUCAUGGCAGAACUACAAAUGAAGACUCAUGCGGAGAUUCAAUCUAAUUGGCCUGAGUCUAUCAUCCAGCAGGCCCAGGUUGUGCUAGAUGAUAUCAAAUGUAUCGAUGCUCAAGUCAGCGAUGCCGCGGCACUAGCAACGUCAGAGGGUGUGAAAAAAGUGAUAUCGGAUUGGUAUUGGCCCCGUGUAUAUCGUAGUUGA